CGCUGAAACGGAUCGAAAAGGAACAAUUUCAAUCCCGAUUGCCGCGUUCCUAACUGUCGUUCGUCGCCUUGAAAGAGUCGCAAACAGACGUGCCCACCAAGCAACCAGUGGCAUAGAUGGGCGUGUGCGCAUCUUGCCUUGGCCUCGGUCGCCGAGAAAGCCAUGAUUCCGAGGCAGCUCGGCUUCUAGACGAUGAGCUUUAUCAGCCAGGAUAUGGCUACGGCGCACUAAACCAGGCCCACCACCUCUACCAGCCUGACCCAGAAGACCUCAAGCGCGAGCGAGAAGCUCUCGAGGCGAUAUGUCAACGGACAUCAGAUGCUGUCGUUGACAUCUGGGCUCUCCAACCUCAACCACAUCUCCAGCCACGAGCAGCCCUUCCUAGUACGUCAUCCCGAGCAGCAAGCGGCGAGACAGGCAGUGUGAGAUCUACAGGAGGUUCAUCAUGUCCAGGCACUGGAGACGAUGCGGCGGUGAUUCCAGCGCAGAAGCAGGUCGCUCCCGUACCGAAGCACUGGGGUGAAGUAGUUAUCCCAACACGGAAAGGAAAGAAAUCUCGAGGAUUCGAAACCGCGGGCAAUGGGGGUGAUGUAUUCGGCGUGUUGAAGGUCACCUAGAGUGCACGAAGUUUUCAUCUUCCGAACUCCUCCCGUGGAAAGUCAGCAUCCAUCCGUCUUCACUUUCUGCACACACAACCUAUAUGCUCUAUGACUGGACAUAUUGAGCACGUUGAUCGUCAGGGUUGGCUUUGGGGUCAUAUCCCAGAAUGAGGCAGAUCCUUACUACCCGCUAUCAUACCCCAUUCCUCUUUGUUUUUCCUUUGCUUUGGACAGAUCUGAGGUUGGCAGGAAAUCCUUCAUCAGACAUCACUUUCUUUACGCUUUUCCUUAAGUACU